CUUUCGUGACAUGCGAGACCUUCACUAACUUAUUUGAUUGCGUUUGCACCAGUUAUGUGAUUGUAUGAUCGUGACCGAUCAAGCUGCCCCUACCAAAAUGGCCGCCCUGGAAAAAACAGGAGGCUGCUCGUUGCUAGGCACCGUCCAAACCAUUGUGCAGUGGCAACAGGAAAGGCUAAAUGAAACCUGCCACGACACACGAGAAGCAGAAAACAAAUUAUUAUGCUUUCCUUUGUCAACGGGCAAGUUAUUUUCCACCCAACUUCAGCUGACGUGUUUCUGGAACUGUUUGACGUCGAGUUUUGAAACUAUUGCAAGUAGUUCUGGUGGCUGACAUGGGGUCCGAAUCUGUGAAGGUGGUAGUCCGAUGCAGGCCCCUGAAUGACAGGGAGAGAGCUCUAAGUUCCAAGAUGGUGCUGACCAUGGAUCUGCAGCGCUGCCAGUGUUUCAUCAAGAAGCUUGCGUCAGCCGACGAACCCCCCAAGCAGUUCACCUUCGACGGGACGUACUUCACCCAUCAAACCACAGAGCAGAUGUACAAUGAGAGCGCCUAUCCGUUGGUAGAGGGGGUCACAGAAGGCUACAAUGGCACAAUAUUUGCAUACGGCCAAACAGGAAGCGGCAAGUCCUUCACUAUGCAGGGUGUGUCUGAGCCUCCGGCCCAGAGGGGGGUCAUCCCACGAGCCUUUGAACACAUCUUCGAGAGCAUUCAGUGUGCAGAAAAUGCCAAGUUCCUGGUGAGGGUGUCCUACUUGGAGAUUUACAACGAAGAAAUACGAGACCUCUUGGGCAACGACACCAAGCAGAGAUUAGAGCUAAAAGAGCACCCGGAGCACGGGGUGUACGCUCGGGACCUGUCCAUGCACACGGUACACAAUGUGCUCGAGUGCGAGAAGGUGAUGGAACGCGGCUGGCGGAACCGCGCCGUGGCCUACACCUUGAUGAACAAGGACUCAUCUCGCUCGCACUCCAUCUUCAGCAUCCACCUGGAGAUGUGCCACACAGACGCGGCAGGCCAGGACCACCUCAGAGCCGGGAAACUCAACCUGGUGGAUCUGGCGGGAAGCGAGCGUCAGUCCAAAACGGGCGCGACGGGCGAGCGUCUGCGCGAGGCCACCAAAAUCAACUUGUCGCUCUCGGCCCUGGGCAACGUCAUCUCGGCCCUGGUGGACGGCCGCUCCAAAUAUGUCCCCUACCGCGAUUCCAAACUGACCCGGCUGCUACAGGACUCGCUGGGCGGCAACACACGAACCCUGAUGGUGGCUUGCCUCUCACCAGCUGACAGCAACUACGAGGAGAGCCUGAGCACGCUACGCUACGCCAACCGCGCCAAGAGCAUCCGGAAUCGGCCGCGCAUCAACGAGGACCCCAAGGAUGCGCUGCUUCGAGAGUACCAAGAGGAGAUAAAGAAGCUGCGGGCCCUCAUCUCGGGCCAGCUUGCCUCUGAUGGCCCCGUUCCACCCGUCAUGUCCAAGCACCAAGGAGAGGUUUCCGCCAGCCCUACCGAUGGUGACAAGGAGAAGAUUAAAAAGGACUACGAGGAAAGACUGGCCAGGCUGCAGGCCGACUUCAGCGCCGAGCGGGAAUCCAAGGCCAAGCUGCAGGACGAUAUUGUUGCCCUGCACACCUCCUAUCAGAGUAAACUGUCUGUCCUGGAGAAGAUCAAAUCCACCAGGGGGAGCUCUUCCCCAAAGAAUGAGAGCCCCAGCAGUGUGACAGCAGAGGACAACACAGACACAGACGUCUCCCCCAACAGCAUAAAUGAGCUGAGCCAGCCCACUGUGCCACGUGCUGCUGAAGGGAUCCAAACAAGUCCAGAUGGAGUGCCAGAAGAGUCACCUGGUGUCAGCACAGCAGGGGAUGUGGAGCAGAAAGACGCCCUGGAGAGGCUACAGAGGCUGGAGCAAGAGGUGGUUGGCGGCGAGCAGGCCCGCAACAAAGAAUUCCAGCAGAGGCAGCGGCACAGGAGGAAGGUGGCCGAUCAAAGGAAAGCUCAGCUUGUCAAAGCUUUGUCGGACAACAGCGAGGAGAGCGACAACGUGCUGUUCAGUGUCUACGACUCCAUUCAGGAGGAGGUUCACGCCAAAGGGCAAAUGCUCCUCAAGGUCCAGGGAAAGCUGAAAGCGGCCAAACUGGAGAUCCGCGACCUGCAGACGGAGUUUGAGGAGGAGAGGAACGACUACCUGGCGAGCAUUCGUCGCCUGGAGCGCGAGGGCCAGCUCCUUCACGGCCUGCUUGAGCGCAUGGCACCGCUGGUUCGCCGUGACUGCAACUACUGCAGCUUGGAGCGCCUGAAGCGAGAGGCCGCGUGGGACGAGGAGAGCGCCGCUUGGAGGAUUCCCGACGUGACCAUCCAGAGAACCACGCUGCCCUCAGCCGCGCCUUCAAAGCUCUCUCCACCCAUAGUCCCUGCCGACGAUCCCGAAACACUUGCGGCAUGUGUUCCUCAGCAGGCUGAGGAGGACCGCUACAAGGAACUUCUGGACCGCAGCGACAGUGAAAACAUUGCCAACACUUACUUCAGAUCCAAAAGGGCCAGCCAGCUGCUCAGAGGUGAAACAGCUGCGGGACAUGCCAACCACGGCCCCACCCUCUUGAAUGGCUCACCCAACCUCGGCACAAAGGCAAGCCUGGACUCCGUCAUGCCACGUCCCUUCCGCCUGGAAUCCUUGAGCGUCCCGGCGUCCAAGGCAAAGCGGAAAAAAAACAAAUCUCAUCAAUAACCGAAGGAAAGUCUUGGGAUCCAAGUGUCACUUUCACAAAUAAUAUCCAACCUCACUAGUUUUAGAGAACUUUUUCUAGACCAUUUGAAUCUUACUGCUUCAUUGAAGUCACCAUUUUAGCAUUUAUUGCACGAUUCACGGUGAAGAUGCUUUCGGGACUUUACUUUUUAGGCUCCGGCCUGCUGGCCCUGUGUCACAUUUCACAAUUUAGCCUGAUUCUAACCUCCAUCAUAGAAUGAGUUGACGGUAAGCGAGCCGUAUCAGUUUCAGAACUUGACACCCCUUAUUUGCCGUAGAAAUAUAAGCCAUAGAUCACACGCGCGCACACACACACACACACACACACACACACACACAAGGCAACAAUUGGCCAUUGAGGCAUUCCAUAAGCACACAAGGAAGAAAUUCAAACAUGCAAAAGGGGAACACAGCAGGGCAGUGAAACGUUGACUAAGUUAACAUGCGUGCCAUGCUCGAGCUAAUCUGAUAAUGGCAGAGCAGCCGGCCGGUCGGCGUCCCUCCCAAGUAAGACGACUCUUACGAGUCAAACAGUCCUCAGUGACUCCAAGUGGCUGCUGUCAAGUGUUUUAAUGGUCUUGUUGUUGUGUGAAAAAAAAGGAUAGAAAUGAUCUUUGUACUUUUGAAAGCGGGCUACACACAUCACAUACUGACCGCUACGAUGGAAAGAGCUGCUCCUUUAAGUUCUUCAUCUUCAUUCUUACCACGUGGCCUCUUUCGACUCAGGAAGUCGACUGCUCUGCUCACUUGUCCUUGAGCAGUCCCAACUUCCUGAGCGCCUCUUUCCUGUCGGCGUCCAUUCCGGGCACCAUCAUUACUGUGUACGUCACACAAUCUGAGGCUUUGGGGGCGACUGGCGGAUCCUCAAUGACACUUUUUACUUCUGAAUGCUUCAUGUCAUUUUUCUGCUUGACCAGGACCAGCUCAGGACUGGCCACCUUCAAUCUGUUGAGUUGGUUGGGACGACGAGAAAGCGAGGUGGCCCUGGAGUCGUGGUGGAAACUAGCACUGCUCUGCAGCCCCUUGUUCCUAGGCCCAGGAACGGGUG